AGACAGACCAGGCUGCCCAAACCUCCCAAGCUCCCAGCCUGUUGCUUGCUUAUUCAUUAAGAGUGGGAAAACGCCAGUCCAGCGGCCAGCCAGUGCCGGGCUGGCCAUGUAAGCCGUCUUGCCUGCCCGGUGCCCUGCCGAGAGCCUCGUGCAGCCCCGGGCACCGCCCCUGCCCUGCCCUGACCCCUUGGCCUCGAAAUGCUGUCAUCGGAGGAGCCGUCCCACUCGGGACAAGGCCAGGAUGGACAAAGAUAGAGCUGGGGCAGACACGGAGCCGUCCUGUCCUCGAGGCCGUGGGAAGAGAAGCACGCGCAGGGGGCCACCCCCGAGAGCCUCUCGGUCCACCAGGCUGCCGCAGAGGGGCCACCAUGGCUCUGGCCCGAGCCGGUUGGCAGCUGGGGGCCCUGAUGUGGGGCGCUUGCCUCUGCGCCCUGGUGCACGGGCAGCAGGCGCAGCCGGAACUGGGCUCGGACCCCGGGCGCUGGCGGCAGCUGAUCCAGUGGGAGAACAACGGGCAGGUGUACAGUCUGCUCAACUCGGGCUCCGAGUACGUGCCGGCCGGGCCCCUGCCGGCCCAGAGUAGUUCGCGAGUGCUGCUGGCAGGCGCCCCCCAGCCCGCCCAGCGGCGCAGCCACGGCGGCCCCCGGCGUCGGCAGGCCCCGUCCCUGCCCCAGCCCGGGCGCGUGGGCUCAGACACCGUGCGCGGCCAAGCGCGGCACCCGUUCGGGUUCGGCCAGGUGCCCGACAACUGGCGGGAGGUGGCCGUCGGGGACAGCUCGGGCCUGGCCCGGGCCCGCACCUCGGUCUCCAACAGGCCAGGGGGGGGCACCUCGGUCUCAGCCUCGGCCUUUGCCAGCACCUACCGCCAGUCGCCCCCUUUCCAGCCACAGUACCCCUACCCGCAGGCGCCCUUCGUCAGCCAGUACGAGAACUACGACCCCGCCUCGCGGACCUACGACCAGGGCUACGUGUACUACCGCGGCGCGGGCGGCGGCCUGGGCGCCGGGGCGGCGGCCGUGGCCUCGGCGGGGGUCGUCUACCCCUUCCAGCCCCGCGCGCGCUACGAGGAGUACGGCGGCGGCGGCGAGGAGCAGCCCGAGUACCCGUCGCCCGGCUUCUACCCGGCCCCGGAGCGGCCCUACGCGCCCCCGCCGCCCGCCGACGGCCUGGACCGCCGCUAUUCGCACAGCCUGUACCACGAGGGCCCCGCGGGCCUGGAGCCGGCCCUCCCGGAUUCCAGCCCCGACGCGGCGCCGGCCGCCGGCGGCUCCUACAGCGACCCCCGCCUGGGCUGGUACCCGCCCUACGCCAACGUGCCGCCCGAGGCCUACGGCCGGCCCCGGGCCGCCGAGCCGCAGCCCCCCUUCCGGGGCCCGGAGCCGCAGCCGCAGCCCCCCUUCCGUGGGCCGGAGCCGCAGCCCCCCUUCCGUGGGCCGGAGCCGCCCUACCUGCCAGUCCGCAGCUCCGACGCGCCCCCGCCGGUUGGGGAGCGGCAGGGCGCGCAGCAGGGGCGUCUCAGCGUGGGCAGCGUGUAUCGACCCCAACAGAACGCUCGCGGUCUCCCUGACUUGAUUCCGGACCCCAACUAUGUGCAAGCAUCCACUUACGUCCAGAGAGCCCAUCUGUAUUCCUUGCGGUGUGCUGCAGAAGAGAAGUGUCUGGCCAGCACAGCAUAUGCCCCCGAAGCCACUGACUAUGACGUGCGGGUACUACUGCGCUUCCCCCAGCGUGUGAAGAACCAGGGCACAGCGGACUUCCUCCCGAACCGGCCGAAGCACACCUGGGAGUGGCACAGCUGCCACCAACAUUACCACAGCAUGGACGAGUUCAGCCACUACGACCUGCUGGAUGCAGCCACAGGCAAGAAGGUGGCCGAGGGCCACAAGGCCAGCUUCUGCCUGGAGGACAGCACCUGCGACUUCGGCAACCUCAAGCGCUAUGCAUGCACCUCUCACACGCAGGGCCUGAGCCCAGGGUGCUAUGAUACUUAUAAUGCGGACAUCGACUGCCAGUGGAUCGACAUAACUGAUGUGCAGCCUGGGAACUACAUCCUGAAGGUGCACGUUAAUCCGAAGUACAUUGUUUUGGAGUCUGACUUCACCAACAACGUGGUGAGAUGCAACAUCCAUUACACAGGUCGCUACGUUUCUACUACAAACUGCAAAAUUGUCCAGUAA